AUGUAGAAAAGGAGACGCAGAAACAUUUUUCCACACACAAUCUUCAAAGACAUCUCCAACCUGUGUGAAGACUGUCAGGCCAAGCAUUUAAAGUAAGAAUGGAGCAUCUGCGAGUCUCUCUCUUUCUUCUCCUGCUCUUCUGUUCACCGUGUCUGAGUGAAGGGAAAACUUUCUUUACUCAUCUCGGCACUCUGUGCGCUGAAGACUGCAAGUCUGACGGCGGCGAAUACAAGUGCAGGAGCACCGAUGAAGACGGAAAGAGCCAAAGCAUGUACUGUUCACCUCAGGAGAACGUGGACUACUGGGGCAGACAGUGCCGAGCCGACAGCAUGUGUGCUAAAUAUGGAGAAGACUACUGCUGGUGCAGGAUUAACAUCUUCAGCUGGGGAUUCUGUGGGCUGGUGAAGGAGGACCAGACCCUCGGAGAUGCUGGAGAAGACCAACACAACACUUCUCCACAUCGCAACAGGAGAGACCGAAAAGUGGUGGAGGUCAUUAAUGACUCAAAUAUCGGUAGAACAAUAACCAUUUCAGAGGAAACCGCCCGUUCUGGUACAUUUGCUAAUAGUAAUAAAAAAUUGAGAAGAGAGGCAGAAGACUUGAUCAAUCAAUGGAAUAAUGUACACCUGGUGAACCAGGCACGUUCCAAACUGAUCACAUCAGACCAUCUCCGAAUUGACAUGCAAGGUAUGGUCCCCCAGGGUAAUAAGAGAUACCACAACCUGCAGGUCCAGAUCAACGGAGUGCAACGGGGUAAAAAAUUGACAAGCACUACUUUGUCACAGGUCUUUGUACAUAACGAUGGAGUCCCAGAGCAAUACAUCAAGCGAGGCUUUUUACACAGCUUGAACAACCAAGUUCGGGUUUACGUUGAUGUUUCCAAUUCUUAAAGCUAUUCAUAAUUAGGGAACCGUCAUUUACACAGAAACUAUCACAUUUACAUGAAGCACAAAUUAUAGUUAAAAUAUUGCAGUGGUUUAUUACUGUGUUUUACAGCUGUUUUGCUUUCCUGCUUAUUGUACUGCUCUCAAAUAAAGA